ACACGUCACAAUGUGGACUCUUGUUGUUUUCACGAUGGCCGUCUGGAGUGUUGAUGCCAAGGGAAUCAGACUUCACCUAACAGAUGAGAUGAAGGACAUGCUACGGAAAUCUAACUGGGACCACAAGAACACCGCCUUGUCCAUUCACGGUCCAAUGACCCUGGACGUCCAGUCAAGUUAUAAACUGAAGAAGGGACAGGUGUUUCUAAAAUCAAGGGUCCAUGAUAAAAAUAAAGACUGUGCAGACAUUAAGAUGCAUCGUCCGCUGAGUAGAGACGGGGUGUACACAAUUUACCCAGCCCCAGGGACAAACAAGACAGUGUUCUGUGACAUGACCACUGAUGGAGGGGGAUGGACGGUACUCCAAAGAAGACAAGAUGGAGACAUAGACUUUCUACGGAAGUGGAAGGAUUACAAAAACGGGUUUGGUCAGGCUGAAGAUGAAUAUUGGCUCGGAAAUGAUGCCAUUCAUGCAUUGACGAAAGAUAAAAAACAGGUUCUUAGGAUUGAUUUGAUGAAAUUUUCGAGGGAGAAAGCUCAUGCGACGUAUUCAUCUUUUUUUGUGGAUAAUGAGGCUAACAAAUACAAACUGUCGCUUGGGGGGUUUAAUGGAACAAAAGGUCUAGGAGAUAGUUUUGCCGCUUCUAACAGCAUGUACUUCAGUACUGUAGAUGCAGAUAAUGAUAAAGCUGGAGGAGAUUGUGCAGGGGCCCGCAAAGCAGGGUGGUGGUUCAAUGCAUGCACCAACGUCAAUUUGAAUGGUGUUUACCGUAAAGCCUCGAAGAAUGAUGCUACGGAAGUGUCGUGGUACCACUGGGGAAACACGUGGAAGUCUCUGAAAUCUGCGAAAAUGAUGAUACGUCCACGGCAAAACGCCUAAAUCAAUGAGAAAUCCAAGCAAAUAAAAUGAGAUAAUGAUGCAAUUGUCGUUAGUGUUAUCAAUGUCACAA